AUGCAGGUGUGGGAUGACAAGCAGAGGCUACAGAAAUCUUGGAUGCAGAAAGCCACCUUCUUGGAAUUGUGCACGGAGCUGGCCCCAGACCUGCGGCACAAGGACACCAGAAUGAGAGCUGCCCUUUGCCGGGAGAAGUUUCCAAAAUCAAAGCCAAUUUCUGCCGUUAGCGGAGACAUAAAUAGGGUGGAGCUGGCGAAGCAGGCUGAGGACGGUGAUCCAGUCGGACUCAAAGACGAUCCGUCUUUCUCCAAGAUCCAGACAUUCAUGGCAUGGAUGGUCCUACUCAUUUUCCUGAUUGCGGUCGGAGGAUUGAGCGCCACCAUAUUUGUUUUCACACGAGCUGCCAUCAAACCUGACACGGCUGCUCUGACGGCGUCUGCUGCCCCCUGCUGUGCAGAAGGCUGGAUCGCCUCCCAAGGAAAGUGCUACUAUUUUUCUGAAGAGGAAGGGAACUGGAAAUCCGGUCAGAAUCACUGCGCCUCACACGGUGCCUCUCUGGCUGCAAACAGUAGCUUAGAGGCUCUGAAUACCGCAAUGCACCAUAAAGGCCCCUCCAAUCACUGGGUUGGACUCCGGAGGGAACCGGGCCAGCCCUGGAGAUGGGUGGAUGGCGCCGCAUUCAACCACCCCUUCACCGGGGCCUUUGGGAUUAAUCCUCUUCCUCUCCGCUGCAGCUUUGGGGUCAGAGGAGCCGGACUCUGCGCUUACCUGGAUGACGGCGCUGUGAACAGCGCAGGCUGCGACACCGAGAGGCAGUGGGCCUGCAGCAAGCCGGACGGAGAGACCGGGGGGAAGCAGAGGACCCCAAAGUGUUAAGGCAGCCAAACUGCAGGCUUAGGCUACAGCAUGACUGUAAUACUAGCCCCGUGGUGGGAGCCAGGUUGGACCUCUCUGGACGACGCCAGAGCAAAUCUGGGCAGUUUGCCUCUAACUAACAUUAUUCUCUAAAUGUCACCGUCACAGACUGGGAGGACAGACAGAUCCAUAGUCAUCUAG